AUGGCUGGCCGUGCGCUGUUGGUGUGCGCCCUCUGCGUGCUGUGCAGCGCCGCCGGGGGCUGGGCGUGGGAUAUGGACUACUGCACUGAGGAGAACUGGGAAUUUUUGAAGUUGCUUAAUUCCAGCAAAAAUUCCACGGAAAUUCUGGAUGUGUACUGCAAGCAUAACACAACUUUUGUGGCGGCAAUUAAAAAUAAACUUACCGCAACAGGGGGCAGCGCUGGCACCGGCAUUCCCGAGGGCAUUGGGGAAGAAAAGGCGCCGACAAGGCCCGAGGAAGGCCUGCAAACAAAUGAAGAGUCGUCAUCUCCGACCAUAAAACCAGGAGGAGAUGUAAACCCCGCAGGCGGCAGCAGCGAACAACCCGAAGAUAAGGCGCAAGGGGAAAAGGGGGCGACAGGCCCGGCCGCGCCUUCAGUGGGCCCCGGAGAGGCAGGAAGCCCCGCACAGGUGCCAACACCACCACCGCCUGGCACACCGCAACGGAGCCCGACGCCAGUGGCAGUUGGAGAAAAGGGACAAAAUCCGGCAACGGGCGAUACUCCGUCAGCCGGGGGAGGAGGAGAGAACAAAAAAGCACAGCCAGCGACGCAAGAGGGCAGACAAGGAGGAGGCGCAGGCACCCCAGACGGCAACACGGAUGCAAAGUCUGAAGUUCAAGCGGAGGCAGCUCAACGGCCUCCCACCGCCGCGGGAGUUCCCGACGCCGCUCCAUCGCCCGAUGCCACGCAGCAACGAGAAGAAGCCCCUCAGCGUGAGGGUGAGCCUGGCGGCGGGGAGGCGGCAAGAGCAGCGGGCGCGAUCGCCGAAAGUAAUGCGGCGACCACUCGCAACGGCGGCGGCGCGGCUGGGGCGCCCGGCGGUGUCACGCGUGGCGCGGACAGGGAUAACACCGCAAACCCCUCCACUGAGGAAGAGGGCAAGAAGGAUGCGAACGCCGGCCUUCAAGGCGCAUCCGACGGCACGACGGCUGUGGCGGCUGGCGGAGCAGGGGCCACAGUGGCGCCCGCAACGAAUGCAACGAAAGCGGAGCAUGACGAAAGCGACGGCAGCGGCACCGCGGCCUCACACUCCGCCUCCCCCCUUGCGCUGCUUCUUCUGCUUGCGUGUGCGGCUGCCGCUGCGGUGCUGGCCGCGUGA